AUGAUAUUAGGCGAACUUAAGGCGUUAGGUAUCGAUGUCUAUAAACGUCAAUCAACAAUGCUACAUCAAUGGAUAAGCGAUAAGGAGAAACGCGGUAUGAUGAUGAAGCCUUUUUGGCUAGGUCUGAAAUUCUCGAUCAUAUCGGCUGACGACGGACGUCCUUCUAUAUCCCGAGCCGCUCAAAACAUUGCACGACAAAAGAUACCCAGCGAAAAGAUUGAUAUUGCAUUGGUAGACGAAUUUGUCCAUGAAUGCAGCGACAUUUCAGACCCGGAGCUGAUGCUCGUGUACGACGCAUUGCCACAUAGUUACAUCUCAUUGGAUGGCUUUCCCCCCUGGCAUAUCCGCUUGACUGAAUUCAUAAAUAAGGGAACGUCCCACCGACUAGACUACUGGACACUAUCCAGCACAUUGUCCAAAUAUUCCAAGGUUGAGCAACGCUUUGGCCGAUAG